CCCAACUUCUUUUUCUUUUAUCCUCCCUCCAGUCCUUACAUAUUGUCAGCUUCAGUACUCUUCUACCCCCACUGGAAUACCUCUGUCCACAUCCUGGGACCUAAAGACAGAACAAUUAAGAAGAUUGCUUCCAAACAGUAAAAUGUACCUGGAGAACAAUAAUGAUGUCCCACGUGUAAAUACAAUUGAUGUGGAUAGGAUUCAGACCAGUGCUGCACACCACUCUGGCUUGAAUGGAUGUGUGGGCACAGAUGCAGUGACCCUUGACCACAAUGAGCUCAUACUUCUGGAAAGCUUUCACAGAGCUGCAGAUGCUAAGGGAAACUGGGAGAAGUCUUACCAGAAUGGGCAAGAAUGUUGUGUAGCCCUUGGGGAAGAUUAUGGCCCUACUCCUGUGCAAGGAAGGUAUCCCUUUAAGCUGACCAAGGUAUUCAACCAGAUGAAAGACUCUGUUUAUACAGAGAGAACUCCACUGUUGAAUUUUUCUUCUGAAAAUAAAAGCCUUUUGCCGUGUUUUGCAUCCAACAUGCCAGAAUUUGUCUGUGGUGAAUCUUUGGAGAAAAGCUCUUCAGAAUUUGAGCAGAGAUGCCGACUUGGUAGUGAAGUUGGAAGCCUUUCUCGAUCUGCUUCAUCAGAAAAAUAUGAAAAAUAUGAACUCUUGGACAACCUUCAAGAUAAAUUCAGCUCUUCUAAGCUAAGGUGUUUCUUAAAAAACCUGAAGAUUACCGGACUCUUCAUCAUUGUAGUUGCCUGCUCGAUUGUAUUUAGCACUUAUCCUGAUAACGGCAGCCCAUGGCAGAUGUUGGCCCUGUCAUCUCUGGAAAGCUACGCUGUGAACCUAUCAGAUUUUCGGGAUUCUGCCUUAUUAAAGCUGGAAGUCGAUGGACCUUUUGCUGGGAACUUGAUUGACCGAAGAAAUGAGGAAUAUGUUCUUGUGCAAAUUAUUCAAAUGGAUGAUCCUGGUUCAAGGAGGCGCCGUCCUACACAGGUCAUUUAUAAUUGGACUCUAGCUUUGAAUUCAAGAAAAAAUGAACACAUUGUAAAGCAAAGGACAUUUGAAAUAUUAAAUAGUGACACGAUCUCAAUAAAUAUCCAAGCCUUUCUACAGGAGACACAACUCGUUCCACUGUCUUUAUCUCAUCAGUACCUCAGUGCGAGCAUAGAGACACAAGUAACUAUUGCAGCCGUUAUCUUAGCAGGAGUUUAUGCACUAAUUAUAUUUGAGAUUGUCCACAGAACACUAGCAGCAAUGUUGGGCUCUUUGGCAGCGCUGGCAGCUUUGGCAGCUGUGGGUGAUAGACCCAGCUUGGUGAAAGUGGUGGAGUGGAUUGAUUAUGAGACGCUGGCACUUUUGUUUGGAAUGAUGAUCUUGGUUGCAGUGUUCUCAGAAACGGGAUUCUUUGAUUACUGUGCUGUUAAAGCUUAUCGGCUUUCUAAAGGAAGAGUGUGGCCCAUGAUAAUGAUUCUUUGUCUUAUUGCUGCUAUUCUCUCUGCGUUCCUAGACAAUGUCACCACCAUGUUGCUUUUUACUCCAGUAACAAUAAGAUUGUGUGAGGUGCUUAAUCUUGAUCCACGGCAUGUUCUGAUUGCAGAAGUAAUCUUCACAAAUAUUGGAGGAGCUGCUACGGCUGUUGGGGAUCCACCUAAUGUUAUAAUUGUUUCCAAUCAAGAGCUGAGAAAAGUGGGAUUGGAUUUUGCUGGGUUCACUGGACAUAUGUUCCUUGGGAUCUGUCUGGUUCUGCUGGUUUCCUUCCCCUUUCUCAGAAUGUUAUAUUGGAACAAAAAACUGUACAAUAAGGAACCCAUUGAAAUUGUUGAAAUGAAACAUGAAAUUCAUGUUUGGAAGUUAACUGCACAAAGGAUUAAUCCUGCUAGUCGUGAAGAAACUGCAGUUAAGUGUCUUCUAAUGCAAAAAGUUUUGACAUUAGAGAGCUUGUUGAGGAAAAAACUUAGAACAUUUCAAAGACAAAUUUCACAAGAGGACAAAAACUGGGAAACAAAUAUCCAAGAACUACAAAAGAGUCAUGGAAUAACCGACAAGAUCCUUCUAAUCAAGUGUUUGUCAGUCUUGGGAUUUGUAAUUUUUAUGUUUUUUCUCAAUUCAUUUGUUCCUGCAAUUCACCUGGAUCUUGGAUGGAUUGCAAUUUUGGGUUCAUUAUGGCUGCUUGUUCUUGCUGAUAUUCAUGAUUUUGAAAUGAUUCUGCAUCGAGUGGAAUGGGCAACUCUGCUGUUCUUUGCUGCGCUGUUUGUUUUAAUGGAGGCUUUGGCUAAUCUGCAUUUAAUAGAUUACAUAGGAGAGCAGACGGCUGUUCUUAUAAAGGGUGUGCCUGAAGAUGAACGACUUGCAAUUGCCAUUAUUUUGGUAGUGUGGGUUUCAGCUCUAGCUUCAUCCUUGAUUGACAACAUCCCAUUCACUGCUGCAAUGAUUCCGGUAUUAAUAAACUUAAGCCAAGAUGCAGAUGUUGAUCUACCAAUUAAGCCACUUAUCUUUGCCUUAGCCAUUGGAGCUUGUUUUGGAGGAAAUGGAACAUUAAUUGGGGCAUCAGCAAAUGUUGUAUGUGCUGGAAUAGCAGAACAACAUGGCUAUGGAUUUUCCUUCAUGGAAUUUUUCAGGUUGGGAUUCCCCAUGAUGAUCAUCUCCACUAUGAUCGGAAUGUGUUAUCUGCUGGUUGUGCAUGUUGUAUUCAAGUGGAAUACAUGA